UAAUAUUAAUUUCCCUUGUUCCUAAAUCACAUACACUACUAGCUUAGCUCGUAUCAGAAGAAAUUGAUCAUUUUAUAUGAUUAAAGAAUGGGGAGAGUGAAAUUGCAAAUCAAGAAAAUAGAAAAUACAACAAAUAGACAGGUUACUUUCUCAAAAAGAAGAAAUGGGCUCAUCAAGAAAGCUUAUGAACUAUCUGUUCUAUGUGAUGUCGAUGUUGCUCUCAUCAUGUUUUCCCCCUCUGGAAGAGCUAGCAUUUUCUCCGGAAACAGAAGCAUCGAAGAAAUUAUGGCACGAUACAUAAAUCUCCCAGAGCAUGAAAGAGGAAGGUUGCAGAACCAAGAGUACCUGGAAAGGGCUUUGGGUAGGUUGAAAGGUGAAGCUCAAGAUCAUCAUAUUCAGAACCAUGCCAGCCCAGCAAGUGGUGAUUCACAACUUGAGGAAAUUCAACAAGAAAUCAUCCGUUGCAAGUCCCAAUUGCUAGAAAUGGAGAAACGGCUCAGGAUAUUUGAAGGAAAUCCUUCUGAAAUCACCACAAUGUGUGAAGCUGAGUAUCGAGAACAAAUCCUGGAGGAGACUUUGAAACAUGUUCGUGUGCGCAAGCAAGUUCUGGAGAAGUACAACAGCUCAAUGGAGGUUCAAUCAACUUCACAGGUAGCUUUACCUCAAGAGGCAAUAAAUGUUAAUAACAUGGUUACAACCAACCCAAGCUGCAUACUGGAUUGGCUUCCACCAAGAGAUCAGCAAGUUCAAAUCAUGAAUUUUAUGAACUUCAAUGGGCUUCUUCCCCAAAGGCAAAAUGAGCAUGUGAACCGUGCGAUGGAGGAUGGUAAUACGGCCAAUGUUCAACGACCUGAAUUUGGACAAGUUAUCGAUAUGAACCUUUCUCCUUGGACACAAUUCUAUCCCACCGGAAAUGGUCCGAUGGUGAUGGCACACCCUGGAGAAUGGCCAUUUACUGAGAUUUUCCUUCCGUAUGAUCAAACCUAAUAUUCCUUGUCUAUCUUUUUAAAUUCCGUUGUAGGAUGAUGAACUUAAAAGAUGCAAUAUUGUUGAUAAGUAAUAAGCUACCUCAAUA